GAGAAUUGCGCUCGCUCUCGACUCCUAGGACUGUUGCAAUUCACCUGAAGUUUUGGUGGUUUUGAUUCUUCUGCCUGCGGCUACUUAUAUAGGGGUGCCUGUUCCAAAUUUUUAUAUGUAACAACAUUGUUUCCUUCGUUUUCAGACGUCACCAGUCAAGCGUUCACCCAGCUGUCACUCACCAACGUACCAUAGUCCUGUAGUUUCUCCCUCACAAAUGAGUAGUAGGGAAUCCACACCGACUCCCCCGCUGAUUCACAACCCCAAAGAAGAUCAAACGGCUUCCAAAGAUUCCAGCAAACGUAUCCGAACGGCCUUCACCAGCACGCAGCUGUUGGAACUGGAGAGGGAGUUUUCUUCCAACAUGUACCUGUCCAGAUUGAGGAGGAUUGAGAUUGCAACUGCUCUCAGGCUAUCAGAAAAGCAGGUGAAGAUCUGGUUCCAGAAUCGGCGAGUGAAGUACAAGAAGGAGGAUCUGCCAAACUCUGGAGUUACGGGUUCACAGCAAGGAAAGUGUUGUUGUUUGAGAAGUUGCUCUGGUACCAGAAGGCCAAAGAAUGGUACGUCAAGCUGCGAAGAUGUGGAUAUCGAUGUGACAAAUGUAGAUGAACAUUAGCUGAGUAAUACAUUGAUUUUGAGAAAAUAUAUCAAUUGCAGAGUGUCAUGUAUUAAUAGUAUGUCAAUCAAUGCAACAUUAACUUUCUAAAAAUAUACAUUUGUGAUUCACAUAGAAGAUGCCCAUUGCAUUGCCUUAAAUAGCAAACCCUAUUUUUGAUACUGAACAUAUUUUGUAUAAACAUCUUAUUUUAUGUGUAUAUAUUGUAAUUUUAUUUUAGUUUUAUAUAUGAUGCCAAAGUUUUCCUAUACAAUAAAUAAAUUAUACUUUUAUGAAUAAUA